GUUUAUCAUCAAUAAAACAUCUGGUUCUAACAGCUCGACUUGUGUCUGGAAAAAGUUCUUGCUAUGUUGAAGGCAUUGAAAUCCCACCAAAUGUUCGUCAUUUGACAUUUCUCAGUGAAUACCAUGCUACUUCUAAAAUAUUUGAGGGCUUUUACGAGCUGAAGUGUUUGCGGACCUUUCUACCACAAAAUCCAUAUAAACAACGAGAAUACAUAACCAAAAAGGUGUCACAUGAUUUAUUGCCAAAACUAAGUUGUUUGAGAGCAUUGUCCUUGUCUCAUUACAUAAAUAUCUCUCAGCUGCCCGAUUCAAUUGGCAAUGUGAUGCGUUUGCGGUAUCUAAACCUUUCCAAUACUUCCAUCAAAUGUUUACCUGAUUCAAUCUUCAAGCUUUACAAUUUGCAGACUUUGAUAUUAUCAAACUGUGAAUGUCUUACUCAUCUGCCAGCGAAGAUAGGAAAUCUAGUCAGUUUACGCCACCUUGAUCUCAGUGACACUAAUUUGGUGGAGAUGCCAGCACAAAUAUGCAGAUUGCAAGAGCUCCGCACUUUGACUGUUUUUGUUAUUGGCAGAAAAGAAGAUGGAUUAAGUAUUGCAGAGUUAUCAAACUUUCCCUAUUUGCAGGGUAAGCUUUCUAUUCAACAGUUGCAAAAUGUUGUUGACCCCAUGGAUGCAGUUCAUGCCAAUUUAAUGAACAAAGGGCAGAUUGAAGAGCUUACACUUCAAUGGGGCAGUGAUCCAGAAGAUUCACAAAUUGAGAAAGAUGUACUUGAGAAUCUGCAACCAUCAAUGAGUUUAAAGGAACUUUGCAUCAGAUACUAUGGUGGCACUAGCUUUCCAAAUUGGGUAGGAGAUUCUUCAUUUUCAAAUAUUGUAGUGCUGAGAAUAAGUAACUGCAACUAUUGCUUAUCACUCCCACCAUUUGGACAACUACCUUCUCUUAAGAAGCUCUUCAUCAUAAAGAUGGGAAUGGUGACGAAAAUAGGUCAUGAGUUCUACUGCAGCAAUGGAAGCUUCUCUCCAACAAUAUUUCAGCCAUUUCCUUCAUUGGAGAGUUUGGAAUUUGGAGACAUGCCCGAGUGGCAGGAAUGGCUACCAUAUGAAGAUCUGUCAGACAUUGGUGGCAAUUUUGCUUUUCCUUGUCUUAGGCGUUUGAAUAUAUUCAAUUGCCCUAAGCUGCGAGGAAGCCUGCCCAAAUGUCUACCUUCACUGAGGUAUGUCGAUAUCAAAGAGUGCGAGAUGUUGGAGGAAGAAAAAUCAACUUGUCUGCAAUGGAAGACAUCAAUUGAAGAGUUAAUUGUUAGAAGGUGUCACAAGUUGGUGCCUUCUUUGACUAGAAUGAUAGCUGGCGCCAAUUGUCUUCAACUCCUGACCCUUUACAAUAUCUCAUAUGAUAUUUCCUUCCCAGAUGAUGGUUUGCCAACUUCAUUACGCUCACUUAAAAUUCAUAACUGUGUGAAGCUACAAUUUUUAUCUCUUGAAACACUACACAAAUACACAUCACUUCAAGCUCUGACCAUCACAAACAGUUGUCAUUCCAUGUCGUCCUUUCCAUUUGGUUGUUUCCCUGCCCUUCAACGUCUUAAGAUCCAACAUUGUCCCACCUUGGAAGCAAUUUCUACUCAACCAGGAGGUGUCGCUCCUAACUUAUUCUUGUUUUGUGUCAUUGGUUGUGGGAAACUUAAGUCACUACCAGAACAGAUUGAUCUACCUGCCCUUGAAUACUUGUGGCUUAAUGUGCUUGGGGAGCUAGCUUCAUUUUCCCCAAUCUAUUUGUCUUCCAAAAUAAAAAGCCUUGUGGUUGACUCUGUGGUCCUAUCAUUGAUGUUCAAACUUGAGUCAGGUUUCCCAUUCCAACGACUCACUUCCCUAUCAUUUCUAUUGCUACAUGGUUUUGGGGAUGAAGAACUUGUGAACAACCUUCCCAAGAAGCUUUCACUGCCCACUUCUCUUGAGGAAUUAGAACUACGAAAGUUUCGCGGUUUAAGGUUCCUGGAAGGAGGACAAGGGCUUCAAUAUCUCACUUCUCUUAAAAGGCUUUACAUCAGCGAUUGCCCGAAGCUUGAGUCGUUGCCGGAAGAUCAGCUGCCGUCCUCUCUUGAAUUGUUGAGUAUUGAAAAAUGUCCUUUACUAGAAGCAAGGUAUCAAAGUCAGAAGGGGGAACACUGGUCUAAGAUUGCUCGAAUUCCAGCCAUACAGAUCAAUGAAGAAGUUAUCAUUUAAUGAAGAGGAAUCAUCCAAAGCCCAAAGUUGUAUGGGAAUGGGAUUUAGUAGCUUUGUGGAUGGAGGAGAUCCUUGUUGGGUUUUUUGGACUCCUUCCUACAUGGAGAACGGUCCAAAUAUGUUAAGUCCAUAUGUCUCACUUACUUUGGUGGAGAUAGGUAGAUUUGCGGAUGCGCCUUCAUUCACCAUCGAAUUGGGCUGAAAUUUGGAAAGCAGGUUCAUAACUUCUGGUUCUUCAAUCUGGACGGGUGGAUUAGUGAGAAGUCGUCUGAAAUGGGAGAAAAAGGGCUCGAACAGCAACAGUGAUUUAUGAUUUUUUCUGAUAUUCUUAGUUCUCUGUUUCAUGCUUGUUGCCUUGUUCUUUUGCUAGUUGCUGAACACGAUUUGUGCUGUGAUUUGAGACUCUCCUGUACCCUUAUUUUGAUCAUACUGGAACUUGAUUGACUGGCUUGUGCCCGUGGUUUUUUACUUCUCACAUUGGGAAUGUUUUUCCACAUUAAAAUCUUGAUGUCCCUUUAUUUGUGAUUUUUAGUUACUGCAAUUAUUUGUCAUUGCUCCUCACUGAUUCUUGCAAGUUGAGGAAAUUAUUAUCUUGCAUAUUGCUCUGUUUGAGUUAUUGUUGUUAUUGCGUUAAAUUUCCCAUCAGAGUGAUAUCAUAGCUCUUUAGUUACAGGACUAUUUGACUUGCUUGAAUGAUGAAAGCAAGUACAAAUAGGAUGUU